GAGAUCAAUCCCCAACAAUUAACUUCCCAAUCUGUUUUAUCUUUUUCAAUAUUUUGUUGAAGAAAAUGUCUUCUUCUCGCUAUCUGCUAGCAGCUAUAUUCUGUGCGUUUGUGCUUCAAGGAUCAGUGACUCAGGCUCAGCUGAGUUCAAACUUUUACGACGAAACAUGCCCCAAUGCAUCGAGCAUUAUUCAAGGAGUUCUUGUGCAAGCUUUUCAGUCUGAUCCCCGAAUUGGUGCCAGCCUCAUUAGGCUUCAUUUCCAUGACUGUUUUGUUCAGGGUUGUGAUGCAUCGAUUUUGCUGGAUUCUACCGAUACAAUAGUCAGCGAGAAAGGAGCUUUGGGAAACAAUAACUCAGCCAGAGGCUUUAAUGUUGUUGAUCAAAUGAAGGCCGCAUUGGAGACCGCCUGUCCCGGAAUUGUUUCCUGUGCUGAUAUUCUCACCAUUGCUGCUGAGCAAUCUGUUGCCUUGUCAGGAGGUCCUUCAUGGACAAAUCUAUUGGGAAGAAGAGACAGUACAACAGCUAACAUAACUCUUGCUAAUGAAAAUCUUCCAGCACCAACAUUAACCCUAGAACAACUCAAACAGAAGUUCAUUAACGUUGGCCUCAACGGUGACACAGAUUUGGUUUCCCUAUCGGGUGGUCACACAUUUGGAAGGUCACAGUGUCAAUUUUUCAUUCAACGAUUAUACAAUUUCAACGGGACAAACCAACCUGAUCCAACCCUAGACACAACCUUCCUACAAGCGCUCCAAGCUCUAUGCCCACAAGGAGGAAACGGCAGCGUUUUGACGAAUCUUGAUGUCUCAACACCUGAUACUUUUGACAACAAUUACUUCACCAAUCUUCAAGAGAACAAAGGCCUUCUUCAGACCGAUCAAGAGUUGUUCUCAACAGCCGGUGCCGAUACCGUCGACAUUGUUAACCUUUACGGCUCUAACCAAACGGCUUUCUUUGAAAGAUUUGUGGUGUCAAUGAUCAGGAUGGGAAAUCUAAGUGUUUUGACAGGGAGUGAAGGAGAAAUCAGAUUGAAUUGCAGCAGGGUUAAUGGGAUUUCAAGUUUGUCUAGUGGUGAUGACUUGGUCAGCUCCUUCUAAAUAAUUAAUGGAGGAAGAAAUUAUGAAUAAAUAAAGUUUUCUUUCUUUGAUCGCAGAGAGUUUGUGUUUGACAAAAGUUGUGAGAUUUCGAUAAUGAAAUAAAUUGGCUAAUUAAGUGUGGUUUA